UCACCUUGGACUUAUUUUCUCGAAAUAGAGACUAGCGUUGGCAAUAAAAUGUCAUCACCCGCUCCCUCUGAAUUAUGUUUUGAAUGCAGUCUACCAAUGUCCGGCCAGUUCGUCCGGGCCUUGGGCAACAUCUACCACUUGGAUUGCUUCAAAUGCCACGAUUGCGGUAAAGUCGUCGCUAAUAAAUUCUUUCCGAUACAGUCAAAGGACAGCUCAACUUCUUUCCCUUUAUGCGAGACUCACUACUUUAAACGACUCGAUUUAAUUUGCUACAACUGCAACAUGGCUUUACGCGGUUCUUAUAUAACCGCAUGCGGCAAAAAGUAUCACACCAAUCAUUUCACCUGCUCCAUUUGUCACCUCAUCUUUGGUCCAAAGGAUAGUUAUUAUGAGCACGAUCAACAAGUUUUUUGUCACUUCCACUACUCAACUCGCUUCGCCGUAAAAUGUUGCGGUUGCAAAGUCGCGAUCCUUAAACAAUUCGUAGAAAUUAAUAGAAAUAACCUCAACGAGCAUUGGCACCCUGAGUGUUACAUGAUCAACAAGUUCUGGAACGUAAAACUUGCGCGUCCGAACUCAAAGCUACUGUCGUCAUCAGAAGAAGAAAGUCUUGAAACCCCUCUAGCUUUGCUCGAUAAGCAAAAGAGAAUGGAAGAACACGUUUUCCGCAUUUGGACAGUCCUCUCCGCAUUUGAAGAAUCUUCUGCUGCUUGCAUUUCUGAAAUGUUAAGACAUGUUUCAACCGGUGCAUAUAUUAUUGCAGUUAGAAUGGCUGGUAAAUUUAUCAUACACGUAGAGGUCUUAUUCGCCGCUAUGGACAAAAUCGAAGAUUCCUUUAUAAAAGAGGGUUUGAAAAGUCCUUCUCAUAAUCGUGAGGCUCGUAUGUUGUGUCGUAAAACAGUAUCUUUCCUUUCAAUCUUAUCACAUACACACGAAGCUGGAUCACGCAGAAUGGGUAUAACAAAGGAAUUACUCUCAUUAGUUACAGGUUUAGCUCAUUAUUUAAAGAUUUUAAUUAGAAUAGCCCUCACUGCUUCACUCAAACUUGAUCGCGAUUACGCUGAUAUUGAAGCGUUACCUGCCUUCCUUGAUAAACUCUCCUUAUUAUUACAAGAUCCAAUCUCAUCAGCUCAACAUGAUAACGCUGAUGACGAACGUCAACUAAAGCAAGUCAGUUAUGGUUAUAAAUCCAUGUCAACAUCUUCAAAGAAGUCUAGCGUCAUUGGUAGAGGAAUAUCUAGUGAUAACCCAACAGAUCUUUGUUUCGCCUGUAAUGCGACUAUCGAGGAUGACUGCGUUCGCUUUGGUUUAUCAUUAAGAUGGACACUUGAUUGCUUCAGAUGUGACGAAUGUCACCGUCGUCCAAUUUUACCAGUCAGAUCAGUACGUGAUCGUCAACGUGAUCGUGAACGUCAAAGAGAUAAACGCAGGGAUCAAGCGGCAGAAUCAGGAAUAGCUUAUGAUAGCUCAACUGAUUAUGAUGCAGAAAUUGCUAAAUUAGAAAGAGCAAGUACAUCAGAUGGUGGCCGUCGCUUACCUAUUGAAGAUUAUUAUCUUUCAAGACCAAACCCUGCAACUUUAGCUAUACCACCAAAUGUCAGUCAUAAAGCCGUAAUGGCUGCAGAGAAGGCUGCUACUAAAGUUGUCUGUACACAAUGUAAACAUACCGUUUCACAUGCUGAAAAAGGUUUCACUUUCUCAACUAAACUUGAACAAUACUCUUACUUACUUAAUGUUGCAUUAACUCGUCUUUACAUGGUACUUAAAACAAGAGGUGCAGUACCACCACCUAAACAAAAACCUAUUGGUUUGGAGAACAGCAAAUCGAACCAAGGCGAAGCUUCUCCAGAUUUACUUGAUGAUCAAAAGAAGAGAGAUAGAGAAGCUCAAAAUGCUAGUAAAGAAGUUUAUGAUAGCUGGCGUGAUUCAAGUGAAUUAAAGAGAAUUAGACCACAAGAAUUAGAACUGGAUAGGAAGUUAUCAGCAACAGCUAGAUUACCUAGAAGAUCUACGGUCGUUGAAAGUCCAAUUGGUAGAAGUGCAGUACCAUCAGAAUUAUUCCCAUCACCAAUUGAUGAUCAUCCACCAAUUAAGCAACCUGAGGUUCAAGCUGCUCAACCUGCCUUAACUAUCAAACCUGAUUCGGGUGUUCGAAUAGUUCAUGAGAAUGCGCCAAACGUAAUUUCUGAAUUGAAACCACAAUUCUCUAAUAGUGAUAAUAAUGAAAUUAUUUAUACUUCACAAACUGAUAAAUCACUUGAUAGUGAUGUAGUAUCGUUAGUUGAUAUGCCACAAAUCAUGGAAGCUUCACAAGCACGUGAGCAAAGAAAAUCAUUAUCAAGAUCUAAUAAGAACAUUUUAAUGACUGAAUUGUCUUCACUUGAAUCUUUGGUCGUUAAGCAUGCAGCUUUAUAUUUAUUAGAGAGAUCUGAAAUGUCAAAGCAUAUUGAAAACUUGGAUGAUCUUUUAGAUUUAGUUGAACAAAAGAAAGCUAAUACAUUCUGGGGUAAAUUCUUCAAACCUAAAAAAGAACAAAAGAAGACAGGUAUCCUUGGGUGUACUUUAGAUCAGUUAGUUGAAAGAGCUGGCGUUGAAACUACAAUGACGAACGGUCAAUAUAAGUUGACGAUUCCAAGCUUAUUUGAUGAUUUACUCAUGGCAAUGAGACAAGUUGAUAUGUCAGUUGAAGGUGUAUUUAGAAAAAAUGGUAAUAUAAGGAAGUUAAGAGAACUAGUUGAGGCUAUCGACAAAGAAGUUUAUAAUGGUAACUUAACUGAAGAAUCACCAGUGCAGUUAGCAGCACUUUUAAAGAAGUUUUUGGCUGGCUUGGGUGAUCCAAUUUUCCCUCAUAAGUUAUAUAAACUAUACACGAACCUCCAAUUAGAGAUCGUUGAUGAAGCUACUCGUAAACGUAUAUUACACUUACUUAUCACACUUUUACCAAAAUCCCAUCGAGACUUGUUAGAAGUUUUAUUCGUCUUUUUAAGAUGGGUUGCGUCAUUCAGUCAUGUUGAUGAAGAGACCGGUUCAAAGAUGGAUAUCCAAAAUUUGGCAAUAACGAUAGCACCAUCUGUAUUAUACCCGCCACAUAGUCCAUACAAUAGAGAAGAUACAAUAAUAUGCAAUAGGUCAAUAGCCGAGUAUCUUGAAGAUCAAGAUGAAUUCUACUGUGUACCAGAAGAGAUUUUACCAAUUCUGUACGAUCAGGAGUUAUUCUCUUUCGCUACAGCAGAACUCACUCGUAAAGAUAUCAGGAGAAGAUGUGAAGUAGUGUUUAAUAGGAAAUAAUAAUAAUUUUAUAUAGUCAGUCUUUUUCUUGUUUGUAAAUUUAAU